AGCAAUAUACACUCGUCAAGCAGCAUGGCCAUUCGCCGCAUGCCCACUCCAUCUCCGCAGAGCGAAGUCAACACGCCCAUGGCCGACAGCUGGUGUGUCACUGAGGUGAAAGUAGUGAAAUUUUCCUACAUGUGGACCAUCAACGAUUACAGCUUCUGCCGCGAACAGUUUGGGGAGGGGCUCACCAGUUCGGCAUUUUCUGAACGGGCCAAUUACAAGACCUGGUGGUGCCUAACGAUUCAUCCUAAGGGGCUGGACGAGGAGAGCAAGGACUACAUGUCCUUGUACCUGAAGCUAGUUUCGUGCCAUACGAGUGUGGUCCACGCCAAGUUCAAAUUUUCAAUCCUCAAUGCAAACCGGGAAGAGAGCAUGGCAAUGGAGAGUCCAAGGGUGUACCACUUUGUUCCAGGAAAAGAUUAUGGCUUCAGGAGGUUUAUUCUAAGCGACUACUUGCUCGACAAGGCCAACGGACUGCUUCCUGACGACAAGCUUACUCUCUACUGUGAGGUGAGAGUUAUUGCGAACCCGGUGAACAUCUCAGGGUGGAAUGACGCCAUGCAGCUCAGUGUGCCAAGGUUUCGGUUGUCUGACGACCUUGGGGACCUCUUUGAGAGCGAGGACAUAAGCGACGUCAUCCUGAGGGUCAACGGUCGGGAAUUGCGUGCCCACAAGACUAUUCUUGCAGCCCGGUCACCAAUAUUUAAGGCCAUGUUUAAGCACGAUGUGGAAGAGAAGAAGCAGAAUCGUGUGGACAUAACAGACAUAGACCACGAGGUGCUGCGAGAGAUGAUGUGGUUCAUCUACACUGGCCGAGCACCCAACCUAUUCAAGAUGGCGGCAGACCUCCUGACUGCCGCAGACAAGUAUGCUUUGGAACGAUUAAAAUUCAUGUGUGAGGAGGCCCUGUGCUCAAAGCUGUCGGUUGAAACGGCUGCGGAGUUGCUCAUUCUGCCAGACAUGUACAGCGCCAACCAGCUGAAGGCACACGCCCUUGACUUCAUCACGACGCAUUCCACGGUUGUAAUGAAGACAGCGGGCUGGAUGAGCGCGAUGCACUGUCACCCGCAUGUGAUUGCCGAUGCCUUCCAAGCACUGCCAACCCAGCAGAUCCUGCUCACACAGCCAAUACUUCUACAUAAUGACUAG